AUGUAUCGAUGUAUUCAGUUGAAUGCUGCACCAUUGGAUACGGUGAUGGCAACAUCCGUUCCAGCGCAACCAACAGCUCCAUCGCCACCGCCAGUGCAGCAGCCUGUUCACCAUUCACAGCCAUUCCCGGACGAUAUUCAGCUUCGGUUGGACACGGAAACAACACAGCAGCGACGGCUUAUUAAUCAAAAUGGCAGCGAAAUAUUGCGUAUUGGGCAAGGGUAUUACACGGUCUACAAUCACCCGCAAAGGCAUCGUUUGGGUCCAUUAAAGAACUGUUCUCACUGUACUGCACCCAAGUGGCCAGGCGAGGCUCCUACGGUAUGCUGCAACAGUGGUCAGGUUGAGCUGCGACCGUUCGAUCAUCCUCCAGCAGAACUUCAGCAGUUUUUCAAUAGUCCCUCUUUCAUCAAAGACAUUCGCAAAUAUAAUAACGCUUUUGCAUUCACGUCCAUGGAAAUUACCGAAAAUCUGUUUGACGGCCAAAACGCGUCCGAUCGCCCGGAUCUCACUGCCCGAGUGUUUCACUUAAAGCUGAACGCGAUUUUGGCCGACUUGCAGAAAGGUGUACUUGGCGUGGAGGUUGGUAGAAUGUACGUUAUUGAGUUUCAGAAGCGUGGGCUGCCUCAUGCCCAUCUAUUACUCAUUUUGGGAGACAAUGACAAACCCCGUACGCCAGAAGACUUUGAUAAGUUUGUUUCAGCGGAAAUUCCAGAUCCGGCCAACGAGCAGCUUUACCAAACUGUGAUAGAAUGCAUGAUGCAUGGACCGUGUGGAGAAAAUAGUCCACACUCACCGUGCAUGACGGAAGGAGUCUGUUCAAAGAACUUCCCAAAAUCGUUUUGUGAGCGCACGCACGUCGCUGAAAAUGGUUAUCCAGCAUACCGUCGAAAAAUCGAUGAACGCACCGUGACGUUGGACGGAGUAACGCUGGAUAAUCGGCACGUUGUACCGUAUAACCCGUGGCUAGUUCAUAAGUUUAAUUGCCACAUAAAUGUUGAGAUAUGCACCUCAAUCACCGGUGUCAUGUACCUAUACAAGUACAUUUACCAGGGAAACGAUAGGGCAACUAUAUUUUUUGGAUCCGCUGCGGAUGAAAUUAACUAUUAUUUAAAUGCACGAUUUGUCUCGGCAUGUGAAGCCUGCUGGAGGAUAAUGCGCUUCGUGGUACAGGCAAAAUCUCACACGGUGAUUGCUCUACCGAUCCAUCUUCUGCAUCAGCAAAGUGUCCUUUUCAGGCCGGGUGAUUCGAUUGAAGAGGUAUUGGAACGUGGUAAAAAUACCAUGCUUACAAGCUUUUUUGAUUUAGCUGCCCAUGAUGAUUUUGCACGGACACUGCUGUACCACGAAGUUCCGAUGCACUAUCGAUACAGUAAACCGACAAUCUCUCAACGACAGCCGUGGCACAGUGGUACAGGUAAACAGUGGGUACGACGCAUUCGCAACGAUAAAAAGAUCAGCGGCAGGAUGGUCUACUGUAGUAUUACAGAUAUGGAGCGGUAUUGCCUGCGGCUUCUGCUUUGCUAUCGGAAAGGGCCUACCUCAUUUCAGGAUUUGCGCACAGUCCGUGGAACAGUAUGUGCCACCUACCAACUAGCUGCGGCCAUGGAGGGUCUAUUAGAAGAUGACUCUGUGUGGGAUCAGACUCUACGAGAAGCGGCGUCGUUUGAAAUGCCACGGCAGCUACGAAACAUGUUUGGCAUGCUCUUAAUGGUUGGACAACUGCAAAACCCGCGGCUUUUGUGGGACAAGUAUGCGGACGAGUGCAGCAAAGACUUUCGUUGCUUACAUCGGGACCGUCAGUACACAGCAGACGAUCGAUUGCUUUGGCGUGAUGUCGAACAUUUCCAAGCACUCUGUGAGAUCGAUCGCUAUUUGCGCGGUGCAACUCCAGCCAAAAGCUUAUCGUGCUAUGCGGGAAUGCCACAGCUUUCCGAGUAUGGUCACGUUCAGGCCUGGUAUCCUUUACGGGGGGACAGUACGCGAACGCGAAACCCAUUGAUUGACGCAGAACGUCAGUACCCAGUUGGCGAUCUCAACGCUAUACUUGCCACCGUGCACCUGCUGAACGCAGAUCAGCGAGCAGUGUACGAUCAACUGACGGUGGCUGUUGAUAACACCAACACCUACAAUAGUAAUCGACUCUUUUUUCUUGACGGUCCUGGCGGAACUGGUAAAUCGUAUCUGCUAGAAAAAAUACUUGCCUACACACGUCGUCAGGGAAAAAUUGCGCUUGCGACUGCAACGAGCGGAAUCGCUGCACUUCUGCUCAGUGGUGGAAAAACUGUGCACUCUACCUUCAAGCUGCCGCUUGAUCUUGACCACUGUAGUACUUGCUCUAUUCCCAUGCAAUCCAAGCUUGCCGAGUUGAUGCGCGAGACUAAAAUAAUUGUAUGGGAUGAAGCUCCGAUGGCCAGUCGCUACGCACUCGAGGCCAUCGAUCGCACCCUACAGGACAUUACCGGUGUGCAGCAACCUUUUGGUGGAAAAGUUGUUCUACUCUCCGGUGAUUUUCGCCAACUCCUUCCUAUCGUACACAGGGGAACGGAAGCUCAGAUCAUUGACCAGUGCAUAAAGCGGAGUGUAUUGUGGUCACAAUUCACUACGCUUCGACUGGGUGUCAACAUGCGCGUUCGCGCUGCUCCAAACGUUACCCGUGAAAACGAGUUACAACAAUUUGCCGAUUUCUUGCUGCAGAUUGGUGAAGGUGAUCACGAUAUCUGCCCCGGACUGGAUUCAUCUUUUGCGAAGCUACCGCCAGACAUGGUAUUACCCCAUUCGGACCAACCACAGGACGGGGUGCGUUCGUUGAUCUCCAAAGUCUACCCGGAGCUGGAUCGUUUCUAUCGGGAGCCGGAUUAUUUUGCCGGUCGAUCAAUUUUAUCGCCAUGCAACGACCAUGUAAUGGCCAUUAACUAUGUUGUGCUGAACGAGAUACCUGAGCCGCUGAUGGAAUAUCGUUCCAUAGACACGCUGGUGAAUUUGGAAGAGCAGGAGAGUCUGCAGCUGCCACCCGAGUUCCUGAAUUCACUCAACAUCAGUGGCAUUCCUCAACACCAUCUGCGGCUAAAAAAAUACGCACCUGUUCUACUAUUGCGUAAUCUAAGCUCAGACAUAGGACUGUGCAACGGCACUCGUUUGCAGAUUGUGGAGAUGAAGGCGAACUGCAUUCAUGCCCGCAUACUUACAGGCAAGCGGCAGGGCGAUGAUGUUUUGCUACCUCGAAUGAACUGCGAUAGCAACGGCUACGGCUUACCGUUCCAGAUUCGUCGCAAACAGUUUCCGAUACAGUUAU